AUGUCGGCCACCCCAGCGCCAGUGCCAGCGCCUGCGCAGGCACCAAUAACAGCGGCAGAGACGACGAAGAAGGCUGCGCCCGAGUUCCCAAUGGACCCGAACGCGCCGCUCUUCGUCGCCAGCGCCGUCGUCGCGAGUGCCAUCUUUGGCGGCUGCCUCGGCGUCGCGAUCGGCAUCAAGCGCCGCCAAGACCCCUUUCCGUACGCGACGGGCAUGGCCAUCAACUGCGGUAUUGCGGGCCUCUCGUUCUUCGGCUUGAGAGAGUACCUCGUGUCGCCGAUUCUCGUGGGCGAACGGGGCUCGCCCGGCUACGCGCGGCGGUACGACGAGCUCACUAGUGCUGCGACUGUGCGUGCGCCUACCAUCAAGGAGGUGCGGAGGGACAGGCUGCUCGACACGGCCAUUGCGGGCGGUGCGACGGGUACCAUCUAUGGCCUUUUGACUCGCCGCCCACGCGCUGCGGUUCCCAUGGGUCUUGGUGUGGCCGCGUUCACGACCUUGACACAGUUCAUCAUCAACAGCGUCCGCGUCAAGCGACUUCAGGUCCUCACCAAGCGCGCGGCCGCCGGCGCCCCAGAGCUCGUGACCCGCGAGUUUGUGCCCGAGCCCGCGGCAAGCAGCGAGGAGGCGUUUGACGCGCCGCGCCGCAAGGACGAAACCGUCGGCUCGUCGCCCCUCUCGCAGCGCAUCUUGCGCAUCCUCGAGAAGGUCUCGCCCGUGAGGCAGAUCAGCGACGACGAGUACCUCGAGACCCUGGAGAAGCGGCGUCGCGAGAUUGACAAGCGCCUGGCAGAGAUCCAGGAAGAGGAGGAGCUGCUGUUCAGCCGCUCGCAGGCCAUGGACCAGGUCAAGACGCUUGACAGCUAG